AUGGACUUCAGCUCAGUCUUUCGUCAGGUAAAGCGCGCUCGCUCGGACGAUCGUGUCGACGAAGAGGAGAAGGCGACCCGCACGUUCGCGCCCGACAGGUGGCAGUUUCUCUCGGGUAAUACCGUCCGCGCGUAUCCCCCAGGAGGGAAUACCGACAAUGCACGGUUUCUACCGGAAGAUACCGGUACUUUAAGGCCCACUGCAAUGACUGCGGUAGCCCGUGUGAGUCCGUGGCGGCUACCGAGUCAGCAGUCCAUCGCAGAGAGUCAGCAAUACCUCAACGAUCAGCUUCAACAUGUCGUCGCGCUUUCGUCUGUGCUGUUGUCCGACUCAGAGAAGACCACAAGAAACAAGUUUUUGCUCCAAGAGAGAGCAGAACAGGACGAUGUGGAUCGGGUGUGCUCUUUAGACGUGACGAGUCUAUGGACUCUACUGGCAGUGGGCUCAGAGGCUCAGACGCUGCAGCAACAGACGGCUGAGCGCGGGCUGCGAGACGUGUUGGAUCUCGUCAGUUUCUUACUGUACGUGCGGGAGCGCGAGUUGGCACACCAGAAUCGACUGAGCGAGAGCUUAUCGAGAGCCGAGAAGCAGCUGGAGCGGAAGGGCCACAUUGUACAGACGUUGGCGUCUGAUCUGGAGACUUUCAAGCAGAACAGUGCACAGAGAGAGAAUGUGUUGAAAGCCAGGGAGCAGGUUCUAUUGACAGAAAGGAAGACGCUGCAGAUGGAGAAGAAAUCAGCAGAAGUGCACUGUGCAAGGCUGCAGGGAGUCGAGACAGCGUACAAAGCGCAAUUGCGAAAGAAAGAUGUCGACUAUGCACGACUAAAGAAGAGUUUGCAGGAUGUAGUUGCUCGUGCUGCAAAAGAGAAACGGGGUAUGGCUAUAGCGAAACCGCUGAAUGGUGUGCAGGAGCGAAAGCAGAUAUCAAUGACGAAUCAAUCGAAAGAAAGCAAGUUGACAAAGCAAAUCAUGGAGAAUCUCGAACGGAAAAAAGCUGAGUUGCUGUGUGACAACGAAGCGCUUGCAAAGCGCUACGAUACGCUGCAGCAUCACUUGCAAGCGCUGACUUCACAGUACAAAAAGGCCGUCCAGCUCUUUCUUGCCCAGAAAAGCCUAGGCGGAAACAGCGAAGAAUUUGAAAAGCUUGCUGGUGCUCCGAUUGACGACUUCACUCCUACGCCGUUUAACAUGGCCACAAAGAAGGGGAUUUCCCAAUACAUUGCGCGGUCGAUGGAGGCUCUGGACAAUAGGUUGAAGCAGCUUGAAGAGGCCAUUCGUAACGAACUGCCACUAGCGGAAGCUCGCAGCGACAAAGAGGCACUCAAGUGCUUACGCCAGAAGCUAGACGAUGCACAUGGCAUCAUCAACGAGCAAGACCAGCUGCUGCAAGCGUCGCUUAUUGUGCCUAUAGUAGACGUUAGACUCGGUCAUGGAACGAGUCAGCAAGGCAUGGGGGCAAAAGCGAGUGCAGCGUGUGCCGCGAGAUUGAGAAGCUCACCUGACGCAAGUGCUGAGGAAGAUCUGGUGCGUGAAAAAAGAGAGCUAGCAGUACUCCGGCAGAAUUUGCAAAAUGAACGCAAGCUUCUACAAGAACAGGCUAUCAAACUUGACAAAGACCGCUUGGAGUUUGAGAUCACCCGGCAGGAUCAAUUGUUCGGAUCGUUUUCGGCUGAAAAACAGGCAUCGCCUUCCAUCGUAGACAAUGCUGAUUGUUCCACACCGAAGCGACGAUGUCGGGCAAAGGUGUCGGAUGUGGACGACAUGGACAUCCCUUUUGAUGUUCCAGUUUCAGCCACGCCUGAGACGGCUGCUCUGCUGAAGAACAUCGGGAUCAAUGUGCCGACUGAGCAGUGA